AUGCUGCUUGUCUUUGAUGUUGACGGCACUCUCAUCGACAACGUUCACGUCUUUGUCUCCUGCAUUAACGGUAUCUUGGGUAGGCACGGUUACCCUUCAUUUUCUCAGGAGCACAUCACGUCUGUCAUAGGGUGGGGAUGCGAGCAUACUAUUAAGGCACUCCUUCCAGACGUAGAUGAAAGCACACAACUCCAGCUGGCCAGAGAGUAUCGUGAAGAGAUCAAGGCCAUACAAUCUGAACCUCAAGAGCUCUUCAAUGGCGCCUUUGAUGUGAUGAUGCGCUUGACCAAGAUUGCUCAAAGAACCAGGGAUUCAAGUUGCCAGGCCCUUAAGCUGGCAAUUUUAUCGAACAAGGAACAUGACGCAACUCUCAUCGUUGCCGAUAAGGCAUUCUCAGCCUUCUCGUUCGAUGUUAUCCUUGGAGCCGAGAAAUCCCGUCGGUCCAAACCGCAUCCCGAUGGUCUGCUCGACAUCAUGCAACGCUGUUGUGCCACGCCAGAAGACACGUUGAUGAUUGGAGACAUGACGGUCGAUAUUCAAGCCGGAGUUGCUGCAGGCGUCAGGACGAUUGCAUGUACAUGGGGCUUCCACGGCACGGACAUCUUGGCUGCUGAGAAUCCUACCUACCUCGUCAACUCAUGGCAGGAGCUUGAGGAGCUUUUACUGAGGCUUAUAAACAAUUCUUGA